AUGUUAGACCUUCUAUUACAAAUUACAAACAAACAAAUUAAGAACCUUCUUCCACCUGACACAUACUCUUUAUAUAAAUAUCUUUAUGAAUAUAAACUAGAUGAUCCACAAAUUAAAACCAUUCUUUCAGGUAUUAAACAGUCAGAAUGUUCUUCUGACAUUGAACAAAUAUUAUUAUCUUUAUUUUUUAUGCAUAAAGUUAAAAUAGAAAACAUAACACACAGAAUUUAUCUGCAGGAAUACUUUCCAAAGUUUGUAUUUCUAGUAGAAGAUAGCACUAAUAUAAAUUAUAAAUUAAUUUUAGAGUAUUACUUUAUUGUAAGAUAUAAUAAAGAUCCUAGUAAUAUAAAUAUAAUAUUUAAUGAAUAUACUAGUUGUAUAAAGAAAUCUAAAAAUGAAAUAUUGUUGUACAACAACAAAAUUAAUACUUUUUUAAUAAAUUACAAUACACGUCAAAAAAUACUGAAAGAGAGUGAAGAUACACUUCUUAUAAAUACAAUUAUACAAUAUUUAUCAAAUUUUAAUAUAGAGUGCUUAUAUGAACUAUUAGAAGAUAAGACAGUUUUAAAUAAAGAAAUAAAUAAAAGAAAGAUGUUUUCUAAACUUAAAUAUAAAAUAGUAAGAGAAUCUCUUAUUAAUCCAUGUUGUCUUAUUAAUCUUAAAAUAGAUAAAAAAGAAUUCUAUUUAACUUUAAAUGGGGCAACAAUGAUAUACAAAGAUUUAUUAGAUAUUAAUUUUAAAAAAUAUAUAGAGAUAUUAAAAAUAAUAAAAUAUAAUAAAAAAUAUGUUUUAUUAACUGAAUGGUUAAAAACAUUUAUAUAUUUUGGUAGAUUUGAUUUAUUUAAAAAGUUAUACAAAGAAAUACGCACUAAAAUACCAAAAGAAGAAAAAGGUCUUUAUUUAACACUUGUAAAAUUUUUAAAAGACAAGUCCUUAAUAAAUUUACAGCCUUUUAUAUUUAAAUGUGGAUAUAUUAAAGAUUCUGAAUUUAGUGUACAUUCAUACAAAGAUAUUAUUUUGAGAUUAUCGUAG